AAUUAAAAUAAUUAGCCCCUCCUCCUCAUUAGCCAUCACAUGCAGCCUCCUUAUUGUAUGAUCACAAUUAGCACCAUCAGCAAUGCUCAGGCCUUGGAGAGAGCUAGAGAGCUUGUACAACUCUGAGCUGCCUUUGAGGCGCUGCCGUUCCUCUACUGGGAUCUGUCUUUCUGUCAGCGACUUUGAAGACUCCAGCGGAGAAGAGGAAGAGGAAGAACUAGAAGAGGAAAGGGUCAAAUACAAUGGACCCUCAGCAGUGGUUGCAGACCUCCUCCAUAUGCCACCAAAGAGACAUUAUUUCAAGAAGCACAGUAACAGUGUAGGCAGUGGAGGAGACACUCAGAAUUUAAAUAUUGACUUUGUAAGACAGAAUAAAAAUGAGUACUUUAUUUCUGUAGAAGAACCGGAUUAUUUUAGAAAUGGCUUUGAAGAAAUCACUGAUAUCCAGGGAACUGAAGAAGUAGAUGGAAAAGGGAGAGUUACAUUUCAGAGCUCAAAUGGAGUAGAAGAAAGAGAUUCAAUGACUGAUGAAGAGGAAAUAGAGACUGAUGGAAGACGAGUAGCAAUGGAUGGGGGAAGAGAUGCAGCUGCAGAAAAAUUAUCAUCCUCGCCAUAUUUCUCUCAAAAACUGACUGGGUUCAGCAUGAGCAGUUUCACAACCUCUGCAGCUGUCAGGCCUACUAAACUGAUCCCCAAUGGAGCUAGCGUAGCACCAUCAACACUAGUAGCAAGCAGCAGCAGCAGCUCAACCACUGUGAGUGUGGUUAGUAACGGGAUCGAAGAAUCUGGUAUAUUUAAAAAUAAUGAUGUUACAGCUGGUGAUCAAUCGGCCAAUACUGGUCCUCCAAUUAGAAGAAAGUCUCCUAAAAGUCCACAGACAGCGUUAUUAUACCAAAAGCAGUCCAGCACCAUAACCAGUACUGUAACUGGUUUGACUAGUAAUGCAGAGGGUUUAGGAGCCAGGCAUCGCCUCAUGAGACCAGAAUCAAGAGAAAUCACGUUGUGUCUUGAUUUAGCAAGAAAAGAGGAAGAAAAGAAGACACAGAAAAAAAAAUUAGAAGCUUUGAUGGAAACAGAGAAAAAAUUUAUGACCUUGCCAUUGCAGAAAUCCAAAUCAAAUGAACUGCACAAGGCCAAAAGCAUCAAGAAUCUCCGUAAGAUGCUAACAAAUCCUGAAAUUGAUCCCAAUGCCACCGAUCAUCAUCAUGACACACCUCUUCACACGUUUGUGCGUAAAAGCAAAAAUGACCUGUUAGUGGCUCUACUGACGUCAAGCAAAGGAGUGAGGAUCGACGAGAGAGAUGGAGACUUCAAUACACCUCUGCAUAUUGCUGCAAGGAAAGGAGAAAAGUUAAUAAUUAGGACGUUAAUAGCAUUUGGGGCUGACCUAUCAGCACUUGACGCACACAACCAGACUCCGAUUGACCUCGCUAAAGGAAAAAUUAAAGAGAAAAUAAAAAGCUUUGCAGUAAAACCGAAGAUAAUGUCACCGGCACGUCCAAGAGGAUUUAGUGUGUUAAGUCAAAACCUGCCUUGUGCUCCGGAGACGAUUGGGUUCUACCUGAGCUGGAGGAGGGAGGCCAGACUCUGUCUCGACAUGGAGAAUGAAAUAACAAGAAUGCUAAAAGAGGAAGAGCAUAACGACAUCAGUCAAGCAGCUGCUGGUUUCAUGCAGCUGGGUGAUGUAUACAAAUGGCGGAAGACAAGAGUAGGUCAGGCAGUCCCUGGGAACUCGAUAUUGUUUCUUGAUGGAGGAGGAAUGAGAGGACUCAUGAGCAUUGAAAUAUUGAUGGACAUUGAGGAAAGGACUGGACAAAGGAUUAUUGACCUCUUUGACUGGAUAGUGGGAACCAGCACUGGAGGAAUAAUAGCAUUAGCUCUUGUUUAUGGUCACAUGACACUGAGUGAUAUUAGAGAUAUGUACAUUAAAAUAGCUCCGGAUGUUUUUGGUGGCUCAAUCUUCCAAGCAGGCAAUCGUUCGGAGGCAAUGGAGAAAGUAAUGAUGGAAAUAUUCAAAGAUACAAAAAUGAAAGACAUCAGAGAACCAAAGGUGAUGAUAACGGCUGUCAGUAUGGGAAAUCUUGAAGUUGAAUUUUUUGAUAAUUUUAGCCACGAUGACGUUCCGGUGUGGAUGGCAGCCAGAGCGACCAGUGCAGCACCAAUGUACUUCACAUCCUUCAAUGGUUACGUUGAUGGAGGAGUGAAGGCCAACAAUCCAAGCGAGUUUGCCAUGAGCAAAAUAAGAGAUUAUCACGACACAAAGUCAAUGGAGCAGCCUCACUUCUCUGUUGCUGUUUCCGUGGGGACCGGACACAUACACAAUCCCAAGAAAAAAGUCAGUGGAAACUUGAAUCCGACAAGUUUAUUUACUCCAAAGAACAUGCUGGACCUUCUAUUGAACGCAGUCAGUGGUUCUGAAGAAGUCUCGCGCAAGUUUGCUAACCAGUGCAAGGAGGUUGGUACCAAAUACUAUCGGUUCAAUCCUUUCCUUGAACAAGAAAUUAGUGCAAAUGAGACUGACUCAAAGAAACUCGUCAAGUUGAUAAAUAAAGCAAAGUUGUAUCUACUCGAGCAAGAUGUUCUGGCCUUGCUUCUUCAAAUGUAUCACACUUUCCAAGAGUUAGACUACUUAGGAGAAAGUGUAACUGAUUUCUUUUGAUUUUUAUGGAGUGCUAUGUAUCACUAAUAAUUUAAUAAUAAU